AAAAAACUGACAUCACUUGCGGUUGUUUCCGAAUCGGAGUGAUAGAAUGAGAAAAAUAUUCUUAUUAGAUUCUGGUGAUUUUUAAAGAAUUGAAAGUUAUAAAGUACAAAUAAAUCUGUGUAUGUUUGUAAACUGGCAAAAGUAACACAAAUGUAUAAAAUAGUCCAUGCCGAAAAUAUUUAAGUACAUCGUGAAAUAAUAAUUUCUGAGCGGUAGUAACUUAGAACAAAAUUGUACUGUCAGUCGCAUUGGCAAUUGUGUGAAAUUACGCGCUUUACAACAACUACGAUCCGGCCCAAUGCUGUGUAGCUGAAGGUGAAGGAGCUUGUGUUCUACGAUUCUAUUGUCAUCGUUAGUUGAGUCAAAAUCGUUUAAUACUUUUAUAUUAUAUUCGCUGGCAAAGUGCCAAGCGAUUUUUGUAAACCUGGAUAAACUGGAGAAAAGGUCAAAAGUGGCGAAUGUUUCAAAUCUAAGUCUUGCUGAUGAGGAAUUUAUAUACAAUGUCAGCGGUGACAUUGAACACUUUUUAAGUCAAAGACAUAGUUCUAGUGUUCUACUUUUUCCACCUGUGAACAAUUUUCGUCGUUUUCUUAUACAUCAGACAUGUGAGCAAUUUCGCCAGCAAUACGAUCUCUUCACUUUUUCAGUGGGGCAGGGCUUACACCGUCGUACUGUUGUCUGUUUUCGGAAUCAAUUAUUGGAUCCGAAUAAAUUUACAGAUACAGCGGCUGCCGCAAAUUUCGAAUCGCGAAAAAAAUCACCGGUGAAAAGUUGGCGAAGUGAGCGAAAAGCUGAAGGUACCGUAAACGAUAUAACUUCAACUAUUGCCAGACAACAGAAGAAUACCAUUAGUAAGAUGGGAGUGGAGAAAAAUGGAUGUGAAACUCGCAUAGUCAAAACGAACUCAAUAGAUCUCUAUCGACCGCCAGCUUUAAGAAAUUAUAAUCUCAGCGCCGAUACUGUUGAUGCUAACAUUGCAGUUUGUGAAAAAAGUGGGUCAGUGAAUGCAGCAACCACUGCACCGACCGAUGCAGAGUCUUCUUGCGCUGCAACUGCAAUUGGCAAAGCCACACUAAUAUCUACCUCAAUAUCAUGCAAUAAUUCCCCAACAUAUGCAAAUGAGAGCAAUAAUAGUUUCGAUAAUAAUACUGUGACCUCGAGGAGCGUAAGCCGUAGUGACGACGUAGUAACGCCAACAGUAACAACAACUCUAACAACAACCGCAUUAAUGAACCAUUCGGAAUCGUCUGGCAGCGAUAUGACAACUAAGCCAACGGCAAUCGACGUCGGCGUCAGUAACACCAACGGCCAGCAAAGACUACCGUCAGCUGUACGACGUGAACGUCGACCAGACAGAGCGGUAUAUAUUCCAAGGGCACGACGUAGUCAAACUACCCCUCCAACAACGCCGGCCCCCACAUUCGGUGAAGUAAAAGGAAUACAUCAGCCGCAACAAAAUCACCACCAACGACAUGAGCAAGCAAAUGCUAGCACAUCAAUGACCGCUUCGUUAGCUCCGAUGCCCUCAACGACAGUCAACAACAACGGCAGUAGUGGUGGCAGCGACGGUUGUAGUAAUCAGCAGCAGCAAUUCGCGAUUACUUCAGAGACAAGAGAGUUAGUAUACACCAAAGCGUCGGCCAAACUAGACGAUAUAUCUGGCGAAAAGAGUACUGGGACAGCUGUCGCUAAUUCAGUCGGAAAGAAAUCGAAAUCAUCUAACGGGAGUAGUCGUGAGCGGAGAGAACGUUCUAAAAAGUCUACAUCUAUUGUUGAGGGACAAGAGGCGAAAAUUACAAAAUUAUCAUUGGAUAGAAAGGAAACGAAACUGCAACAAAAACAACAACAACAGGACGAUCAUGAGUCAGAUGUGUUAGGUGAUACGCUUUUAGAAAAAAGAAAUUUGAUAACUCAAAUACAACAGCGACAAGAAUAUCAACAAAAUUUUGAUAUUGAAAACACACAACAGAGAUCAUCAUCUUCGUUCUACGGGCAACAAGAAUCAAUAGGACAAGAAAUACAAACGGAAAUUAUCGUUAACAACGAAAUGAACUCGAAAUCGGUCAAACGAACGAAAGUGAAAAAACACAACAGUAGUAAUGUUGGGAGUACAAAUAAGGUGCAGAAUCUACGCAUCGAAGAUGUCGCAUCAACCGAAAAUGGUACAAUAAAUACAGCAACUAAAUGUGAUAUAGAGGUGCAGGAGUUCCAGCGUGCAUCGAAGGAAAUAAAUCGAAGCAAUCGACGCAUUAUUAAACAAACAUUCGUCUCAGAUGUACUCGAAAUUCCUGAGAAAAUCGAAAACACCACAGAAAAUGACACUGUCAAUCAAAAGAGUCCAAAUAAUAUAUUACAACUUCCCGUUGCGCAAACAAAUCGUUCAGCAGUAGAUAGCACUACUGAGGAGGAGGAAGAAGACGACUGGGAAACUAUGUACGAUGAUAGUGGAGAGUGUUUAGAUCCAAAAAUUGUGCAAGAGCUCACUGCUUCGGUUGGCAAAGUGAAGAUUGAAUUACCAAAAAUGGAUUAUAGUGCAUACCUUACAAAACAGUCCAUACUCAACGAUGAAGAGUUCCCACAUGUACUCGAAGUAUCGAAUUUCCCUGUGGAAUUUAAGAAUCAUGAUCUUCUGAUGGUUUUUUCGCAAUACAAAGAGUCAGGUUUCGAUAUUAAAUGGGUGGAUGAUACUCAUGCAUUGGCUGUGUUCAGUAGCUCUCGAAUUGCUGCUGAAGUUUUAACAAUGGGUCAUCCAUUUGUAGUAUUGAAACCAUUAGCUGAAGCUACUGUAGAAUCUCGCUUAAAGGCUAAGAAAUGUGCCGCAUCCUUGCAACCAUAUCGUCAAAGGCCGGAAACUUGUGCUGCUCUGGCACGUCGUCUAGUAACUGGUGCAUUAGGUGUACGACUGAAAACUGCUGCCGCUGAAAGAGAAAAUGAAAAACGUGUUCUACGUGAAGCCAAAGAACGUAAAUUGUUGGCAGCUAAGCAAAGGGAUGAAAUAUGGGAGAGCUAGGCCACAAUGAAUGCAUCUUGUAUUUGUACACUUCCUGCCUGCAUUCUAAAUAAUUAUGGACUUCAAUUUAAGAAAAUCGUUUUUAAAUGCGAUGAAUUAUGAUUAAAUAAUUAAGAAAUAGAUCCCAUUACGAUCUUAAUUGAAAUAUUUAAAAGUAAGUGAGUAGCAGAAAAUUUUUAAUUUAAAAUUCAUUGUAUGCUCUAAAGAUACAAAACACA